AUUUAAAUUUAGAUUCUAAACCAGUUUAUAAUUUAAUAGAACUAGGUUUAGAAGAAUACGAAGAUAAUGAAUUAGUUCUUAAUACUGUACAUGACUUAAUGCAAUUUUUUAAUCAAUCAAAUUGCAAAUGUUGGUCAAAAUCUAAAUCAAAAGACUUAAGAACAUGCUAUAAAAAAGUAGGCUUUAAAAAUUUUUUUGAAAGACAUUUACAAAUAUGUGCUCUAGAAAAAUCUGAACUUGAUUUAUUCUUAAAAACACAAUUAAUAGUAUUUGAAAUAACAAAUAUUAAAUUAAAAGAAGCUCAAAAAGAAAAACAUAAUUUUAAAUAUGCCUAUAAUUCAUCUUAUCUACUUUGUAAACCUGCUUUUUUAAAGCUUUAUAGUAUAAAUGAAUAUAUUCUUUCAAUAUUACAAGAUCAUUUAUAUAGUAAAGGAUUAGUAGAACGAAUUCAUGGUAAUACUGGACGUGCAGCUAAAAGAGAAAGUAAAGUAUUUCUUGAUUCAAGUGUUACUUUUCCUGUAAAAAAAUAUUUAGAACAGUAUGUGAUUACUCAUAGACUUCCAUCUCCAAUACAUUAUAAAAAUGAAUCAGAAUCUUUUAUUUACUUACCAACAGGCAAAACAUAUACUUCUGUUUAUAAUGAAUUUAAAGAACAUUUUUAUAGUGAAUAUAAAGAUACUAAAAACAUUAUAUCAUAUUUUAUAUUUAAAAGGCUUUGGUACAAAAUGAUGGCACAUCUUAAGUUUAACCACCCACAAGUGAUUUAUGUGAA